UGCAUUCACGACAAAUCUUCCGUAAGACAAAGACAUUUCUUUCAAGAGAAGAAAAUGGAUACAUUUAGAUCUCUGGGAAUCUUCUCCAUUGAAGACCUUGGGGUGGAGAUUGAAGAAGAGAUUAAGGAGGUGACCGAGGGAGACGCUGAAGAAGUGAUUGAGGAACACAUCGAAGAGGAGAUUGAGGAAGAUAUUGUAGAGGAGAACAAGGAGGUGAUUGAAAAAGGGAUUAUGGAGCAGCCCUCUGCCUCCAUCAGAGAAGACCACUCCUACGCUUCUGGCCUCGAAGAAGAGAUAUCAGAGAAAUCUGAUGAGAAAGACAUUGAGGAGGAGAUUGAGGAGGAGAUUGAGGAGGAGAUCGCAGAGGAGAUUGAGGAGGAAAUUGCAGAGGAGACUAAGGAGGAAAUUGUGGAAGAGGAUCCAGAGCAGCCCUCUGCCUCCAUCAGAGACGACCACUUCUACACUUCUGACUUCGAAGAGGAAAACGACGAGGUUAGUGAAGUUUCACAGGGAGAGAAAUCUGAUGGACUUCAAGAAGCCCUGGAGGAGGAAAGAAAAGCCAAAGCUGCUCUCGAAGAGGACUUGGAGAAGAUGAAAAAAGAACAAGCACAACAGAAAGAAAUCUUGGAGCAGGAGCAAAAGGAAAAAGCAGCUCUUGCGAAGACUCUGAAAAAGGAACAAGCUAAAAAAGCCAAACUUCGUGAGGAAAUGGAGCUCAUGAACGCACAAAUGGCUGAUCUCAAGAGGUCAAAACAAGAACACCAGCACAGAAAUGCCGAGCUUCUACUCAAAAUGAGUAAGAUGGCAGCUGAUCUUGAAGAGGACAAAAAACAGAAGAAGAAGCUCAAAAAUGAGUUGAAGGCGUCCUCCAAUCAGCACACAAAAGAAAUGGCAAAGCAUGAGAAGGUUAAUUGUGCCAAAGUCAAGGCUCUACAAGACCAACUCACUGAGCAACAGAAAGAAAGCGUUGAAAAAGACAACAAAAUUCAGUUCCUACACUCCAACAUUCAGAGUCUUCAAAGUAAUAUUGAAGCUAAAGACAACACUGUGUCCUCGCUGAAGGAGAAAGUCAACCAGUUGGCCUCAGACCUCAAAAAGGAGCAAACCAAAACCUGCAAACUCCAGAGGGACUUUGAGACUGCUGUUUCCCAGCAGCAGAAGGAAGCAGAAGGGCUGGACCAUCUGACUCGUCAAAACCAACAACUGGCUUCUGAGAACAAGAGGCUGCAAGGUGAACUUGAGGCUGCACUAAAUCAGAGACAGUCUGCUCAAAAGCAGCAUCAGAAAGACAAAGACACUUGCAGCAAACUUGAGGAGGAAAUCAAGAAAGAGAAAGCUCAUUUCUUGGAAGCAUUUAAGAAAAUAAAAAUGCAAGAGAAAGAGCUCUCUGAAAAGACUCUGGCUCUAGAAAAGAGCCAGAUUGCUGAAAAAAUGUUAAAGUCCUCCCUUAAAAAUGAGAAAAGGCGCUUUGAGAAGAUGGUUUUCCAGAAGCAGGCCACAGAAGACCCUAUAACCAUCCUCAGUAAGCAGCUCAGAGAGGCCUCUGCUUCCUCAGAGAGCAUGAGGUACGACAUGCAGACACUGAGGAUGGAGAAUGCAGACCUUAGGGCUAAAAACGCUAUGGAGACAGAACGUGACAGAGUGAUCCAGAGACACCGCUCUCUCUCUGAGUGCCACGAAGAGAUGAUGUCAAAGAAAAAGGAUAUCAUCUCUGAGAAUCAAGCUACCAUUGCUAAGCUCAAGUACAUGGUAGAUGGACUGAAAGCACGACAGUCAGAGAGCAGGACAAGACAGGCUGAACUCGAAGAGGCCCUAAAACAGGAGAAGACACAAAGCACCAACUUGCAGCAGAGAGCCGAUCAAAUCACCUCUGCUCUCGACAAAGAAAGGACCAUGUGUGAAAAAUACCGUGUCGAGCUCAAGGAAGCCUUGACCAAGCAGAUGGAGACAAUGGAGGAGCGGCAGAAACUGACUGUGGCCCUCCAGAAAGCUCAGGACAGCUACGCCAGACUUCAAGAACAACAGCUGGCAGAGUCAAACUUUCAGCUCAGACACAACAACAACACCGAGCUCAGGCUCCAGGAGAAAACACGUGUCCUAGAUGAGACAACAAAGGCUCUACACAACCUGCAGGAGGAAUACGCUGAUCUCGGGAGGAAGCACAGUGAGGUCAAUUCAGAUUAUCGUGACCUGCUGAAAACUCACAGUGCCCUCCAAAUUAGACAUGAGAGACUCAGCUACGCCCAAGGAAACCCCCGACCAGAGUUCUGUCUGCCUCAGUUCAGUGCCGCUUAUGCGUGAAGAUGCUCAGUGCUGUUCUCCUUCCUCCAACUCCCUCUCCCCACACCACCCUCUCCACUUUCCCCUCUCUCUCCCCCUCCCCUUCUAACCCCCCACCCCCACUGUCUCUACUCACCCUCUCUUUCUCUCCCAACCCAUCUGGUCAAGGCAGAUGGCCACCCACCCUGAGCCAGGUUCUGCUCGAGGUUUCUUCCUGUUAAAAGGAAGUUUUUCCUCGCCACUGUCGCCAAGUGCUUGCUUAGGGUGGAAUGUUGGGUCUUUUGCAAAGAGUAUGGCCUAGACCUGCUCUACAUAAAAAAAUUCCCAGAGAUAACUUUUGUCAUAAUUUGGCACAAUAUAAAUAAAAAUUACUCAAUUCAAUUUAACUGUAAGCUGAUUGAUUUAAUAUAGCUUAAACUUAACGUUAGCUUUCUAGCUAACAAUUGACCAACCAAUAAAUUUGCAAAAAAGACACAUUUGUGUACCUGACGAAGUUUGAUGAUGAUGUUGUUGAGCUGCAGAUCUUAGAUACCUCUGUUCUCUUAUUACAUGUUGUCAACAACCGAAUUCUUGAACCCAAAUUUUAUUUAUUAUUGGAGUAGGUCCCACCCAUUAUAGUUGCCUUGUGUGUUGGCCUGUGCUGGUCUAACAACUCUGACCACCAG